GAUAUCUAAAAAUAACAAUACCUGGGAUGGAAAUUUGAUUUUUGAUAUUGAAAAAUUGACCGAGUAUACCCUUGUACCGCUGUAUCUAACGCACCGUAAUGCCUGAUGAACCAUUUAAAGAAAUUGAGCUCUUCUUCGAUUUUGAAAAACAGCUUCAAGAAAAUGGCGAAAACUUUGCAUUUUUUGAAAAGGAGUUAACACUGGUUGCCAAAACUCCAAAUUUUACAAAAAAUUGCUGGAGAAAACUAAUAACUGACGUAUUAGGAGAACAGUUAUGCUGGAAAGGCACUGAAUCAAAGAAAAGUGUACGAAAUCUUAGCACAACAAAGGCAAUACGAAGUGCAGCAUUGUCCAUUGGAAUAUCAGAGGAUCAGUUUAUAAAGGACACUCGUACAUAUUCCCAAUUCGCAAAAAAUCGAAUUAAGCUCAGAAACAAUUAUAAAACUAAA